AUUAGAAAUGAGAAGUUUGAGUGAGAACCAGAAGUCUUCACUUUUUUAUUUAAGUGUAGAAGAUGAAAACUUUGCUUUUGACUUGGUUCAAGAGCUAGUUAGGUCUUUCUUAGCAGCUGAAGACACCAGAAUACAAGACUGUGCAUCCUAUGCACUGCAGGAAACCUUACAGAUCUAUACUUGUCAAAGUGGAGAUUCAUCAGAAAUGAUGAGGCCAAGUGGUAGUCUAUGGAACAGGUUUUCAGAGGAGGUUCAAGAAAUUGUGGCACCUCUGCAACAUUCUAGGUACAUUAUGUCUAGUAACAAGAGGACUUCCUUUCCAUGCCCAAUAUAUGGGAGCAAACUAGGAAGCACAUUUAAAGAUUGGGCCUGUAAUUGGGCAUGCUGUCUACUCCAGAAGAUAAAGCAGGAGAAAACAGUUAGAGUUUUUCAUUCCUGUUUUAUGAUUGUUAAAAAUGAUGUGAAAACAGCAGUUUUUCUUCUUCCUCAUAUAAUGGUUAAUGCUUUACAAGAUGCAAGCAAGGAAGAAAAGGAAGAGAUUUAUAAAGAGAUUAUGGCUGUUCUAAGCCAUGUUGACCAAGCUGAACAGAGCAGUUUUAAGUUUGAUGAGAAGACUGAUCUUUGCCACUUGAGUGCCCAAACUGUAUUUUCAGUAUUGGAUUGUUUGACAGUUUGGUGUCGUCAGUAUUUUGUGACGUUGAGAUCUAGUAACCAGAAUAACUCCAAGCAUGCUAAUAAAGGGAAAGUGGACCCACAUAUUGAUCCCAACUAUAAGUCUGUGUAUGACUUCCUGAAGAGUGUUCCAGAAGAUCUUUUAGCCCGUGCCUCCUUCAUUUGUCAAGCUUAUGCUCGGGCUUUAAUGUAUUUAGAAUUAUCGAUCAAGAAUAACCCAGAGUCAUCACAGCUACAAUUGGCUUUUUUGCAGAAACUGUACAUACUGCUUGAUGAACCAGAUGGAGUGGCAGGAGUAGCAGCAUCUCGCCAAGAAGACCCCACACUUCAUGAUCUGAUUCUAGGUCAUGAAGCAACUGGUCAACUGCAAGAUGCAUUUGCCUGUUAUGAAAGAGCUGUCAAAGUUCAACCAGACACAAUUAGUCACCAUCAGGGGCUUCUCCGAUGCUUGAUGGGUUUAGACCAAUCAAAAACAGCACUUACCUAUGCUACUGGUCUUCUAGAUGACAGACCAGAAUGGUCAAAUGAGAUAAAUCCAUUUCGUGUAGAAUCAGCAUGGAAGUUAGCAGACUGGGACAGCCUGUCUGAGUUCCUAAAAUCAGAGACUCCUUCUGACAACUGGGGAGUUGCUGUUGGAAAAAUUCUUCUUUCUGCUACAGAAAAGGAAAAUGAGAAAAUAUUGGAACAGCUGAAAGUUGUAAGAACUCAGCAGAUGGGACCUUUAUCAGCAGCCUCCAUGGAAAAUGGUGCAUAUCAGCGUGGAUACCAUCAUGUUCUCAG